GAGAGAAAUCUCCCAUUCUGUUCAAGCCUGCAAUAGAGCUAUUAGCUAGUUAGCUAACGUUAACUAGCCAAACAUUGUAUUAACACAUAAGAUGGACAUUUCAAUUAAUUUACAUUUCGGUUAUUCCGCUUGCCCAUAUAUUUGCAAUGGUCCAAUAUAGCAAGUGAGAAGCCUGCGUCACUAAUGCCAGGUGCAGGCCAUUGUCGGGAGCACUCGAAGCACUCAGGAUGAGUGGGGCUGUAGAGCAAACAGACAUCCUGUCAGUGGCAGACGUGGUCCGGGAGAGAUGGAGGGUGGUGAAGAAGAUUGGGGGAGGAGGGUUUGGGGAGAUCUACGAGGUUCUGGAUCAGCUGAACCAAGCCAACGUGGCCUUGAAGGUGGAGUCUGCUCAGCAGCCCAAGCAGGUCUUGAAGAUGGAGGUGGCCGUGCUCAAAAAGCUUCAAGGCAAAGAUCAUGUGUGCCGCUUUGUUGGUUGUGGCCGCAAUGACCGAUUCAACUAUGUGGUAAUGGAACUCCAGGGGCGGAAUUUAGCAGACCUGCGCCGAACCAUGACCCGCGGUACCUUCUCAGUCUCCACCACACUGCGACUGGGCCGGCAGAUGCUAGAGGCCAUCGAAAGCAUCCAUUCAGUGGGUUUCCUACAUCGUGACAUAAAACCGUCAAACUUUGCUAUGGGACGACUGGCCAGCACAUGCAGAUGUUGCUACAUGCUUGACUUUGGCCUGGCUCGUCAAUUUACCAACUCCUGUCAGGAAGUCCGUCCUCCUCGUCCUGUGGCAGGGUUCAGAGGAACCGUGCGCUAUGCCUCGGUCAAUGCACAUAAAAACAAGGAGAUGGGCCGCCAUGAUGACCUCUGGUCUCUCUUCUACAUGCUGGUGGAGUUCAUGGUGGGACAGCUACCAUGGAGGAAGGUCAAAGACAAAGAGCAAGUAGGUAAUCUAAAGGAGACAUAUGACCAUCGCCUCAUGCUGAAACAUCUCCCGUCUGAGUUAAGCAUCUUCCUCGAUCAUAUCCUGACCCUGGACUACUUCACCAAGCCAGACUAUCAGCUUUUGAUGUCCUUGUUUGAGAACGCUAUGAAAAGCCACAACGUGUUGGAGAAUGACCCCUAUGACUGGGAGAAGGGUGAUACUGAGGAUAUGCUGACCAUUACUGCCUCAGCCACCACGGCCCAGCAACUCACCCGCCUCACACCAGCAUACCUGGGCAUGGCCAAUGCGUCUGUGCUCCCUGGGGAGCUGCAGAGGGAAAACACAGAGGAUGUCCUGCAGGGUGAGCGGCUCAGCGACGCAGACAACUGCCCCCCCAUCCCCGCCCAGAACACCCAGGGGGUAGACGUGUGGGAGGAGAUGGACCGCAACCGCAACCACAAGCAGACCCAACCUAUCGCCAGGAAGGUGGUGAGUGAAGAUGAGCACAGUCAGAACCAGGGGAACCAGAGCCCCAACACAGGCUCCAUCCAGAGCUCUCCUCGCCGGGUGCGCUCCGAGACCAUGUUCCUGGACCGGGCGGCCCCGCUGCUGAGGAGGAUGAGGCACAGCCAGAGCCUGGCAUUUGAGAAGAGGCUGGCCCCCGAGCCCAAACCCACCAUUGAACGCUUCUUGGAGGCCUAUCUGGGUAAGCAGCGACUGGGGCUGUCCCAGGAGAGAGAGAAGCCCAUUCCUGAGAGGACUGUAGGGGAGCAGGCAACCUCCUGUAACGAGGACCGUCCAGUGGCAGGGACCCCCGCCCAGGAGGAGGAUUUGGGCCCCGUACCUCUGGAGGGAAACUCCCAGGAGUGGGUGAUGCUGGAGCUGGAGCAGAAGCCACAAGGAGAGGCCCUGGCCGAGGACCCGUCUUGCCUCCCGGAGGCAGCUCCCUGCAGCCCCGUCCUGUCUCACAUGGCCAUGCCCUGCACCUGGUUGCUGGGCCACCGCAGGCUGCCAGGCAUGCUGGGACAGAUGCCCUCCGUCCUCCCUCGAGGACGAGCCCAGCUGGAGCAGUCUGUGCCCACUCAUCUUGUGCCACAGUCCCCAGUACAGGAAAAGAGCGCUGCCAUACCUCUGGAGGCCCCAUUCAUGGAAGCAGCCCCAGCAGAAGGACCAGGGGAGGGAGAGGUGGUGGAGCCAGCCUCCAGCCCAGUGCCAAGCCUGGCCACAACUACCCCAGCUCACCUGGCCAAAGACCCAGAGAGUGACUCCGGCCUACCCGACCGCUCCUCCGAGCCCAACCAGCACCCCAGGGCCAAGCCAUCUGGAGAGGCCGCCUCCCCUCCUCCCCCCCUACUCAGGCGCAGGGACUCCCCUGCCUCCCCGAGGUCGAGCCGUAUCCCGGUACGGGACGCCAACGCCCCCCUUGACCCCCUCGCCCGGGAGCUCGCAGCCGAGAAGCGCCAUCGCUGGAGCAGCCCCCUCCCCGGCUCCCCCACCCACUCCCCCUCGCCCUCUCUGUCCUGUGACAACCUGCCCUGCGCCCUGCCCCGGGACCGUCUCUCCUGCUCCGACUGGCUUGGAGAGGAGCCCCUGUCCCUAUCCUCCUCCUCUGGCAGCAGGAGCAAGAUCCCGCGCCCUGUCAGCUCUCCCCUUGCUCCGGAGCUGGCGGGCCGCUUCCUGCCUCGCCCCCCUCCUGGGAAACCUCCCACCCGGCCAGCUGUAGACACCAGGCGUCGCCGGUUCCGGGUUCGAGCCAGCAGCACCAGCGAUGCGGACUUCCUCGCUAGCCUAACCCAGCUGAUGCAGGAGCGGGCCGUGUUCAGCCCUCCGCCCCGCCCCCGCAGCUCCUCCAAUGCCCUGCAGCGAUCCCUCAGCUCCUCCCCCUCCCGCCAGGAGCUCCACCAGGGAAGGGCCUUCCCGGGGUGGAGCCGCUCCCCCUCCAGCAUCUCAGGGUCCCCCCCUCCCAGGGGCUUGUGGGGGGCCGCGCUGGGUCACCGAGGGGGGGGGCCCAGCCACGAAGGGAGGGGCUCCGGCAAAGUGAGCCGAUGACUGGAUAGGUGGAGGGGGGGUGGUGGUACAGCAACUAACAUGAUGCUGUAUCUUGUCCAUGUAUGUACAGAAGGCCGUUUCUGGCCCAGCCUCAUGGAAGCAUGUGUAAAUACCUUAUCUACUCAAGGGAAUGUACUGUAUGAAUUGUAAAAUGUAUGAUAAAAAAUGUAUUUAUUUAUUUAUUUGAUGGAUGUUUCUCAAAAGUACUUGACAAUGUGGCUUGAUUCAAGGAAUGACUCAAACCUGGAAAUUGCCAACUCUUCUUUAUCCAUUAUCUUAACACUACAUACUAUAAGACCAAAAAGAUCUGUACUCCACAGUAUUUGAGGGAUGUAAAAAAAUAUUAUAAUAACUGCUGCGGUGUAGAUAUGUAUCAUUAGAACUAAAGAAAAACUGUAGAAAGAGAAUUGGAGAGCAAGUAAGUGGCAUUCCAUAUGAACCUCACUAUACAAACAUCAGCAUUAAUAUUGUCAAGGAUCAGGGCAUGUAGUCUAAUCUAAACUGUAAUGUAUUAUUCUGACGUAUCUAGAAAUAUAUUACACAUUCUAGCGUAUUAGCAAUGUGUUUGUAUGGUUUUAUUUGCUAACAAAAGAGAGGUCAUCGAAAAUGUUGGAAUGUAAAUGCACUCGUGCUGAAGUGUAAGUGCAUGGAUAUCAUUGCAAAUGACUUGCAUAUUUUUUUUGUACAGUGUUGGCUUUAACUGUGUAUUUUUUAUCAACUGGUCCAUAUCAAAUAUAUUAUCAUGCAGACCAGCGAACAAUGUCUUUUUCUAAUCAUCUUACGACAUUAAGAAUACACUACAAUUAUCUUUUGCUGAAAUUAAUAAUCUUUCUUUUCUGACCUUGAAACUUAUUUCGCAAAAUGUAUUAAGUCCUCUAGAAAAACGUUCUGGCCUAACCUACAUAACAUGUCCAUUCCUGUCUCCCCUAUAUAUAACAUGUUUAUCUUGAGUCCGAGCCUAUGGAAUAACCGCCAUUUAUUUUGCUGGAUUGUUAUUUUCAUAAUUUCAGUAUGAGCGGAGUUAGUACCAGAGCACUGAGGUCUGGGAGUGUUGCUGACUGCAUUUUUGAGGAACAAUGCUUAAGGUAGUGAGUUGUUAUUUUCAUCAUUUCAGUAUGAGCGGAGUUAGUACCAGAGCACUGAGGUCUGGGAGUGUUGUUGACUGCAUUUUUGAGGAACAAUGCUUAAGGUAGUGAGUAUGUGGUUCCUGUUAGAUCAUGGUUCCAGUCUUAGCUGGUGGUAGCCUGACGGUAUCAUCACUGACAAAGAAAAUGAGGACGUACAACCCAGUAUCACAAUGUUGUGAGUCUAAACUUCAAGGCUGCAGAAAUUCAGACAAAGACAUACUAUUUCGAUUUCAUGUGUGAACCCGUAAUCAUUAAGCUCCAUAUACAUAUGAUGCAUACAAAGAGCAUGAAUAUUGUUGCCAAGGACUUUGUAAAUGUUGGCUUGUAGUUUAUUUGUUUUGUACUUAUUUAUUUUGUUAUACUUCGAUCAAAUAUACAGACCAGUAACUGUUUAAAUUUUGUAUUUCUCAUUACGUACAAUACUACAUGAAAAAAAGUUUAUUUUAUACAAUUAUUUUUUCUUCCCAUUGUUACAGCUGCAUUGACACAAACUGACAUUUUGAUUCCAAGAUUAAACAAUUCAUACAAAACC